AUGCGUCGAGCAAAUAUAAUUCAACUAGCCUCGCCAUCAGCUGUUCUCUUGUGUGCCCUGAUCUUCGCCAUCGGCGUGGCUGCGCAUGGCGGACACGGGGCAUCCGAGAUGAGCAUGGACAUGGGCAUGAACGGCGAAGACGAGGCGCCAGAAACAGAGUAUUUGCCAACAUACUUUGCUCAUGGCGAACAUGCAGCGCUCAUGUUCAGCCACAUUGGCUUCAUGACCGUGUCUUGGGUUCUGGUCCUUCCCGUAGCGGUCGUUCUCUCGCUUGUCAACUCGCGCCUCACAUUUGGCGUUCAGCUGACCUUCCUUGCCACCAACAUUGUCGGUGUCUUAUUGGGCCUCGUCUACAACGCGCAGACACCUGACCUGUAUCCCCACAACGCGCACCACAGCAUCGGCUGGAUCAUCACGUGGGUAUCGAUAGCGCACGUCUCCGUGAGUUUGGUAAAACGACUCGAUAGACGCGGGAAGCCAAAGCUCAACGGGCCUCUUGAAAGCGAGCAUGAAGCUCAUGCAUUCAUUCCGGACCACCUGGCGGCACGAAGCCACUUCCAAGAGUACCAGGGGCCUUACAACGAUAGGUCGUCCUGGGAGAGCACAACAAAUCCCGCCUCUCACACCGAGUCCAUCCGGAGUGAUUCUGUGUCCACUCACAUUGGCGAAGAGGACUACUUUAUCGGAGGCGAGCACCAUGACUCCGGAUACGCAAAGGUGUAUGAAGACGACGAUGAGUCCUACGCCUCACCCGAGGAGGCGGGAGCAAGUUCGACAGUCUCUGCUGUGCGAAAGCUGGCGAAAGCUGUGCCCACCAAUCUAUGGAAGAUCUUAGACAUGGGCUACCGGACGGUGGAUCGAAUCAUCCUUCCCUUUGGUUUCAUCGCCUUCACCACGGGGAUCGUCACAUAUGGUCGCUUCUUCGAAGGGAAUGGCAUCUUUGCUGGUCUGGCCCACUGGAUCAAGGGCGGUGUAUUCUUCUGGCUGGGCCUCUUCAACCUCGGCCGCUGGGCCGGCAGCUUCGCUGAGCUGGGCUGGGCGUGGAACCUUCGUCCUAGACGCCCUGGCCAGGAGUGGCGUCCCACGGCAGAGUUUGUGGAGAGUGCGUUGAUCUUCUUCUACGGAUCGACGAAUAUCUUCCUGGAGCACCUGGGCCGCAGGAACGAUGACUGGCAGACCCAGGAUCUGGAGCACCUCUCCAUCACCGUACUCUUCAUCGGCGGAGGACUUUGCGGCAUGUUGGUCGAGUCCACCUCGGUGCGCGACCUGCUCAGUGCCUCCAUCUCCAGCGACAAUAGAGAUAGGACCGAGCCCCACGAGAGGGAGGAGCUGCAGCCGCCGCGUACCUAUAGAUUUUCGCUGAAUCCCAUCCCGGCAUUGGUGAUCCUGCUUGUCGGCAUGAUGAUGGGCUCGCACCACCAGUCCUCCAUGAUCUCGACCAUGAUCCACAAACAAUGGGGCAACCUGCUCUCUGGAGCGUCGAUUGCACGCGGCUUGACGUAUGCUAUCAUGUACAUCAAGCCGCCGCGGUCUGUCCUGCCAUCGCGUCCGCCCACGGAGCUCCUGGCCUCGUUUUGUCUGAUUGCGGGUGGCAUCAUCUUCAUGGCCAGUAGUCCGGAUACUGUGAAUGGCAUGAUCCACUACGAGAUCGACGCCAUGUUCAUGCACAACGUCACCAUGGGUCUGGUGGGCAUCCUCAUGGCCUGGGAGAUCACUGUCCUAGCCAUUAAGGGCUGGGCAUGGCGGAGGGAAAUGCACCAAAAGGUCGUAUCGCUUCCGUGCAGGCAGUCCGCCUAG